CAAACUCGAGCUCAAAUCACUGGUAUCUAUACCUCGAUCUGUACCAUCAUAGUAGAUACCAUGUCCUAUCCACCAUAUCCUGGUGGUGGUGCACCCUACCCACCAACAGGAGGCUAUCCUCAAUCCUCUGGACCUUGGGUAGGAGGAGGUAUGCCAAUGCCGGAUAGCAGCAAUCCUCCUGGAUAUCCUCCUCAAUCAGGUCCUCCUAUGCCAGGCUAUCCACCUCCUCCAGACCCUUUUUCAUCACCAGCUGGUUACCCACCUGGAGGUCCUACUCCAUCUUAUCCACCUCCCCCUUCAUCCAGCUACCCACCCGAUCCAUCUUAUCCCCCAGGACCACCAUCAACAACAAGUUAUCCUCCAGGCCCACCAUCAAAUUUUCCCUCGGGCCCAAAUUAUCCCCCAGGUCCAACACCAAACUAUCCUCCAGGCCCACCAUCAAAUUAUCCCCCAGGCCCAUCAUCAAAUUAUCCCCCAGGCCCACCGUCAAAUUAUCCCCCUGGCCCAAUGCCUAAUUAUCCUCCAGGCCCUUCAUCAAAUUAUCCCCCUGGCCCUUCAUCAAAUUAUCCCCCUGGCCCUCCUCAACCUGGCCCUUAUCCAACAGGUCCAUCAGGAGGUGGUUAUCCGACCAGUGCUCCCUCUGGAUCA